GUCACUCCCUACGAUGCAACAAGCGUGCCGAGACUAAAGGAAUAAAGUGCGGAUAAAUCCUAGAAACAGGAGUCAGCUGUUACAAAAAGGCCUUUUUUGAAGCAUCUUGCAAGCAGACAGGAGCCCACGUCCUUGAUGACCCUCAAGAUAUUUGCCAUUUGCCAGCAGCCGUUUUGACAAGAAAGGGGUCUGCAGCCAUCGGCACAGGCUAGAGCAGUAAACAUUGUUUUUAUAUACAAAGUUUGCUGCUCAUGAAGUUUUUCAUGAGACGGAUACAAACAGAGUGAAUCUCAAAUCCCGCCGUCUCGUUCACUGUCACAAACCUACUGACCUAGGUGCGUGGGUGUAACUUCUAUUGCCCCCCCCCCCAACCAGCCACCCACCCACACCCACCCAUCAUCAUCAUGCCUAUCGUGGUGCUCCACCACACUAACCGCUUGCUGUGGGCGCGCGUGGCGGCGCUGCUGUGCACGUGCGUGGCGUUUAGUGUGGCGUCCCACGGCGGGCAACUGGGCGACGGUGGUGGCAUCUACAUCUUCUGCUGGAGCUUCAGCUUCGCCGGCACCUUGCUGGUCCUCCUGGUGGAGAUGUUCGGCCUGCAGACGCGCACCCCGGUCUCCUGGACCAACUUCCCCAUCACCUUCGCAGCCUACGCCUCGCUGCUGUGCCUGUUCGCCUCCAUCGCUUUUCCUCUCAGCUACCUGAGCGGCUACGAUCGGAAGGGCGAGGUGCGGGACCACCGCAUCGCCGCCUGCGUCUUCUCCUGCCUGGCCACGGUGGCGUACCUGGUGGAGGUGAGUCUGGCCCGGGCGCGGCCCGGCGAGGUGGCGGGCUACAUGGCCACCACGCCGGGCCUGCUGAAGGUGUGCGAGACCUUCGUGGCGUGCGUCAUCUUCGUGUUCAUCAGCGACCCGGUGUCGUACGACCGCUACCCGGCGCUCAAGUGGUGCCUGGCAGUCUACUGCAUCUGCUUCGCUCUGUCGGCGGCCAUCGUGGUGCUGUGCGUGGGCGAGUGCACGGGCCUGCUGCCCUUCCCCUUCUCCCGCUUCCUGUCCGUCUACUCCUUCCUGGCCGUGGCAAUGUACCUGACGGCCACCAUCAUCUGGCCCGUGUACCAGUUCGAUAGCCGCUACAGCGGCCAGGCGCACCGGCCAAGCUACUGUGCCAGUAUGAGGUCGGGCAUGUGCCCUUGGGACAAGCUGGUGGGGGUGUCGGUGCUCAGCGGACUGAAUCUGCUGCUCUACCUGGCCGACCUUAGCUACUCCGCACGCCUGGUGUUUGUCUCUGGAUGAGGGCAGAAGAAGGAUAAAAGGAAAAUCAAGUACAUAAUGGUGUUUGUGUGUUUUUUGUUUCAUUUUUUAUUUUUUUGUUUGUUUUGUUUAGUUUUCAUCAACACACCUGAGCUACCCCACAUGCCUCGUGUUUGUCUCGAUGAGGAGAAACAUGCAGAACUGAGUAGGCUACUAAAACAUGUUAUUAUUUUGCAUAGGUUUAUUAUUUGUGGUUUUGCGUUUUGUGUGUGCAUGCUUUUUUCACUACAGGAACAUGUUCAAAGUGACCAAUAGUUCUAGAAGAGGAGAGCCACAAGAAAAAUACUUCUAAAAAUACAAAUAUAGAUUGAUUUUUUUGUGUUUUGCUUUGUUUACCAACAGAAACAUGUUGAAAAGGACCUUAAUAGUAUUGAAAAUACUGUUGCGUUGCGUUUUUUAAAUGUUUUCUCACAAAAGAGCCAGACAUAGUGUAAGCAACGCCAAGACAAUCACUGCCAGUCUUUUCCAGUCUAUUACUUUUACUCAAAUGUUUUGCUCAAAUGCUUUGUUCACUGUCUGAUCAUUAGUGAUGCUGGCAUUACACUUAGCAGAUAUGAGUAGGCCUAUGGAAAGCGGUUUUCAGUUAGAUUACAUAUUUAUUAUGUGGAUACAGUGUGUGUUGGAUACAGUCCCUUGAGCAAUGGGACCAUGUCAGCCAUGUACAACGGUUUAGGAGAGCCUACAAGAUUCUUCUACGCCAUAUUUCUACUUCCCACAAGUACAGGAUUUGAACCCGCAACCUUCCCAUCCUAGAACAUGACUGCCUAGUCACCGUCCAUGUACAGUGUUAAUCUACUGCAUACUGUAAUAGUGUUUAUUGGUGUUAUGUUUGUAAUGAUACAGUAGCCUACAUGUUUUUCUAAUCUAUUUCAGUAUUUUCACGCAGGAAAUCUGUUAGUUUUUAAGGCUGUUGUUACCUGCUAAUUAACGUAAUGCAUAACAAGUAUAUUCCUCAAGAAUUACUGAUAUUAUUAUUUUUCGCAUUGUAUGUGUUUUAUGCUCUCCUGAUUGUAAAAAUGGAGAGCACUUGAUGAGGGCACACAUUUAUUCCCCUAAAUCAUUUUUCAAGCCAAAUCCAAUCUCAGUGCUCAAUUAUGACUGAGACAGUGCAGCAGAGCGCUUGGCAUGGAGCGUUACAAAAAGAAAAACUCCUUCCUGAAGCCUCACAUAGUGGACUUUUACCUCACGCGUAGCAUGUCUGCCUACUGUAUGGAGUUUGCUGUGAGUCUGGGUGUGUGCAGGAUGACCUUGUCAUGUAAAUCACAGGUGGAAACAUUGGAUAGUAAUUCAAUAUGUUACGGUAAAUUUCACAUUGUGUGUUCAUUCCCGCUGCCUUAUCUUCCAGCAUACUUUAUGUGAAUGACUUUGGAGUAUUGAAUGUGCUCUGUUUUCCUAAGAUGAAUAAAAAUUGUGUAUUUUCUGUGUA